AUGUCUGAUACUAAUUCCAGGGCUGCUAGAUUGAAUAUCAACCCGAUCUCCACAGCCAAUCAGAACGUCUAGAUACUAAAAAAAUUGGCAUUAAGUAUCAAUAGCGGAUAACCCUCCUCUAUCAGAGCUCUCAGUGCUCCCAACGCCGCUUAAAACAAUAGAAUGCAACUGGAGAUUGAAUCCAAAGAAUCCAAAUAUAGCAGUAUGUACGAAGAGCUGGCUAAAAUCGGACAAGGGAAUUUCGCUAUUGUAUUUAAAUGUAGGAACACUCUUGAUCAGUCGAUUUAUGCUAUCAAAAAGACGAAGGCUUAACCUAAACAAAACUUGGAAACAAGCGAUGCGAGGUAAGAAGCCUGUAUUUUGGCGAAUUUAUUCAGCAAAAGUGACACAAAACACAUCGUCCAAUAUUACAAUUGCUGGAUAGAGUAGAAUCAAUUUUAUUUGGUUAUGGAAUACUGCGAUUAUAGUUUAAAGCAUCAAAAGCAAUAUUAGGAGUGGGAAAUCAAGAUCAUUUUAAAACAUAUUUUGGAAGGACUAAGGUUUUUACAUAGUAAGAAUUUGGUUCACAUGGACAUUAAACCUGAGAACAUACUGUUCAAGAAGAAGGAUUUGAGUUUCAAGAUAGCAGACUUUGGAUUGUCAAGGCUUUAAUUUGUGAAGGAGGACGAGGAUAUCAGGGAUGGCGAUUAAAGAUAUACAGCUCCUGAAAUCAUGGAAUAUAUGAAUUUUGGUACUCCAAUAGAUUUAUAAAAAGUUGAUAUUUUUGCUUUUGGAUGCACUAUUUUCGAAUUGAUGAUUUAGGAGGAACUGCCAAAAUCAGAUGCUCAAUAUCAUGAAUUGAGGAAAGGCAUUAGUAAACGAAAUUUCAAAGAUGUGGGAAUUCAAUAUUCUGAUUCUUUGAUUGAGAUUGUUUGUCAAAUGAUGGCUCCCAAACAAAAGGAUAGACCUACUGCUGAAUAGUUGUUGAAUAACACUUAUCUAUUUGUGCCUGAGGAGAACGAGUUAAGAUUUUUGGAGAACUCUAAUUAAUUGCUGUUCCAAGAGAAGUAGUGGAACCAACAAAAGGAAUUGAGGGAAAGUCAGAGAAGGAAAACGUUUGGGUCUAACUGGGAGUUCAGAGGAAAGCAGGGGGUCAAGAAUAGAGUGCAAGUGAAGAACGAGAGAAUAAGGCAGGAGACGGAGAGGAGGUAAAGGAUGUCGAGGAUGGAUUGUUUUCAGACGGAGGAGGAGUAGAACAGCAAAAUUUUGAGAUCGGGUUAUGAGGUGUGCGAGAAGCAGGAUUCUGUGGAGUAGUGUAUAAAAUAUGAGUGCUAGAAUUCUAGAAAUAAGAGUGCUUGA